AAGAAAAGGAAAGAAGAAAGAAAGGAGAAAACAAAAAGAAAUUUUCAUGUAAGCAGGCAGCAUCCCUGUUCCUACCCUCCUGGGAACUUGAUAAAAAAAAAUGGUUCAAUUUCACGGCCACAUAAUAGCGGAACUCCUCGAAGACCAAACCGGCGGUUUAGUAGUCCUCUCCGCCGGCCUCGGCCUCCACAAACUGGUUUCUUCUCUCCUCCUCCUCCACCACUCUUCACAGGGCUCCCUCCUCAUCCUCUCCGCCUCUCCUUCCCAGAAACACUCCAUCGUCCUCAAUCUCGAGAUCGCCAUCCAACGCGAAAGCUCUGCCCCCGGCACCAGUGGACUUCCUAUUCUGCCCUCCGAGAUUACCUCCGAUCUUCCCGCGCACCAGCGUCUGUCCCUUUACACUUCGGGCGGAAUCUUCUUCAUCACCUCCCGCAUUCUCAUCGUCGACCUCCUUACUCGCCGUUUACCCACCACCUCAGUCGCCGGAAUCAUCAUCCUCAACGCUCAUUCAAUCUCAGAUACCUCCACCGAAGCGUUUAUUGUUAGAAUCAUCCGUUCGGCAAACCGCUCACUCUAUAUUAGGGCCUUUUCGGACCGCCCACAUGCCAUGGUCUCUGGCUUUGCAAGGGCUGAGCGAACCUUGAAAUGCCUUUUCCUAAGAAAGCUUCAUCUUUGGCCUCGCUUCCAGGUACAUGUUUCACAGGAUUUGGAGAAGGACCCUCCUGAGGUUGUGGACAUUAGAGUUCCAAUGUCCCCGUACAUGAUUGCCAUUCAAAAGGCAGUGCUUGAGGUUAUGGAUGCAUGUUUAAAGGAAAUGAGGAAGACUAAUAAAGUUGAUGUGGAGGACUUGACUGUGGAGAAUGGGCUCUUUAAAUCAUUUGAUGAGAUACUGCGAAGACAGUUGGACCCUAUUUGGCACACGCUAGGGAAGAAGACAAAGCAGCUUGUUUCAGAUUUGAAGACAUUGAGAAAGUUGAUGGAUUACCUUGUUAGGUAUGAUGCUGUAACUUAUUUGAAGUAUCUGGACUCGCUCAGAGCCUCAGAGAGUUUUCGAUCAGUUUGGAUAUUUGCAGAGUCUAGCUACAAGAUUUUUGAGUAUGCUAAGAAGCGAGUUUAUUAUUUUGGGAGGUCAGAUAGUGUACAAUUGGCAGGGCAGUAUCCGAGUAAUGGAACUAAAAAGAGAAAAACUGGCGAUGAGAAGGAUGGAGAUUCAUCAGCAAGUACUAGUGGCAGAGUAGUUUUGCAGGAAGUCUUGGAGGAAGAACCAAAAUGGAAGGUUUUGCGUGAUGUUCUUCUAGAGAUACAAGAAGAAAGAGAAAAGGAAGCUAUUAGUAGAGACGUACUAGCUUCUGAAGAUGAAGGGAUUGACAACAGUGUUGUUUUAGUUGCCUGCAGAGAUGAACGCUCCUGCAUGCUGCUAGAGAGCUGCAUCACAAACUGCCCUCAAAAGGUCAUGAGGAAAGAAUGGGAGAAUUAUCUGCUAAGCAAAGUAGAGCUUCAGGCGUUACCCAAACAGAACAAAAAGAAACCAAAACAACCAAAAGGUUUUGGGGUACUUGAUGGAGUUUUUCUAGCUGCUCCUGUACAAAAGGCAGAAGUUAUUAGUAGCGUAUGUAAACAGGAACACGAUGCGCUACUAGCAAUGGCAUCAGAAAUUGGUAAGAAAGCUAAAAAGGGUACUGCUCAUGAAGAAAAUGCUUCAACUUCGGAUAGUGGAAUGGGAAAAGUAAAGAACAAGAAGAAGACAGAAAUUGGUCAUACAAGUUCCUCUGUUGAUGAAACAUUGCUUCAAAAGGAAGGGAGAACAUCCGAUGCCAAAUCUUUGAACCAGAGUAAACAUCUUCCACGUAUGCACUUUUAUGCACUCGAGAGCAAUCAGCAUAUACUUGACAUAUUGAAGCCUUCUGUCAUUAUUGUAUACCAUCCUGAGAUUGCAUUCGUGAGAGAGAUUGAGAUUUAUAAAGCUGAAAAUCCUUCAAUUAAAGUGAAAGUAUACUUUCUCUUCUAUGAAGAUUCUACUGAGGCCCAAAAGUUUGAGGCAAGCAUACGAAGAGAAAAUGCAGCCUUUGAAUCUUUGAUAAGGCAGAAAUCACUAAUGAUGAUCCCAGUUGAUCAGGAUGGACAUUGUACAGGACUGGAUUCUUCAACUGAUGGGCAAUCCAUACAUUCCCAAAAUCUAAUGACUAGAAAAGCUGGUGGUAAAAAGGAUCCACAGAAGGAAAUGCAAGUAUGUCAAUAUGGAAACUCUCAUGAAAAAGAUUCUCAGGGUUCACAUGGAACAAGGAAUAUUCUAGGGAAAGAAAUCAGGGACGAAAUUUGAGGGGAAAUAAUAAUUUCGUUCAAACUCAAUAGAUAAAUUUUCGGUGAUAGUGGACAUGAGAGAGUUCAUGAGUAGUCUCCCUAAUGUACUCCACCAGAAAGGCAUGCACAUUAUACCGGUGACUUUGGAAGUUGGAGAUUAUAUACUUUCUCCGCUGAUGUGUGUAGAAAGAAAGAGUAUACAAGACCUUUAUGGCAGUUUUGCAUCUGGCCGCCUUUUCCACCAGGUGGAAAUGAUGUCACGGUAUUACCGCAUUCCUGUUCUGCUCAUCGAGUUUUCACAAGACAAGAGCUUUUCAUUUCAGUCUGCUAGUGAAAUUGGAGAUGAUGUGACGCCAAACAACAUUAUAUCGAAGCUAUCUUUGCUUAUUCUUCAUUUUCCACGGCUUCGCAUUGUCUGGUCCCGCAGUUUGCAUGCUACUGCCGAAAUAUUUACCUCUCUUAAAGCUAAUCAGGAUGAGCCAGAUGAGGUCAAGGCAAUUAGAGUUGGUGUUCCUUCAGAAGAUGGUCUUGUUGAAAAUGAUAUCAGAGCAGAGAACUACAACACGUCAGCGGUGGAAUUGUUGAGGCGUCUUCCCGGGGUGACAGAGUCCAACUACAGGGCCAUAAUGGAUGGGUGCAAGUGCUUGGCCGAUCUCUCUCUUCUUCCCAUGGACAGACUUGCUGAGCUCAUGGGCGGCUCGCGACCUGCCAAAACUUUGAGAGAUUUCAUCGAUGCCAAAUAUCCAACUCUGCUUUAGCCCACUCCCCUAUCUAUUCAUUUUGAAAAUUUCAUUUCAUCAUCAACAAACAUGUUUUCAUUUCAUUCUUUAUUUCAAUUGUAACAAUUUAUUUAUAUCUGUAUUAUUUAGAUGUAGAAUCGUAUAUUCUUUAUUCCCAUCAUUAUCCCUAUUUCUUGGGUUUGAGAAUAUGAUGAAGUAAAGCAAGAUGAGUCUCUAAAGUGUGUGAAGUAAUUUUCAUGAUAGGUUAUUU